UUUUUCAGUCGAAGAAGAUGCCCGAUGGGCGAUGUGAGCUUCACCUGAAGCCAGGGAAAGCUUAUGAUGUGGGAGUAUACAAAUGUAUUGCUCGUAACCUCCUUGGAUCAGUAACAUGUAGAGCUAGGUUAAAAAUUGGAGGUGUACCUGGUAGACCAGAUGCCCCAGAUGUGGAGCAGUCAUCUGAUACAGAGAUACUUUUGGUCUGGUGUCCACCAAAGAAUGAGGGAAAUUCUCCAACUUUGUGUUACUGUCUGGAAUACAAGCAGCCUGAUGAAAGUACGUGGACCAAAGUAUCUGAUAAAAUAGAUCACGAAUUUUAUGUUGUUCGUGACCUCUCUUCAUCAACCAUAUACCAUUUCCGCAUGGCUGCUAAAAACAGGUUUGGUUGGAGUGAAAGUAGCUUGCCCUCAGAACAAACCAGCACUUUAGCAUCAGGUGCUCCUAAAGUCAAAAUAACUAAAGCUCGUAAAUAUCGUCAAGAAAUGACUGAGAGAGGCCAUGAAAUUGAAAUGAAUGAGUUCGAUGUUUCUGAUUUAGACUACAAUAUUGAACAAAAUCCAAUUCCUAUGAUUGACAGAGAUCCUAUGGAAAUGUACAACUUUGUUGCUGAGAUAGCCAGAGGAAGGUUUUCUGUUGUUGUGAAAAUCUGGGUAAAGGAAAUGGGAAAAACACUUGUAGGCAAAGUUAUCCACACUAGCAGUGAGAAUGAGUCAGAUGUUCUACAAGAGUAUGAUAUUCUUAAAUCUUUGAGACAUGAACGUAUUGCAUCCUUGGAAGCUGCUAGCCGUAAGAAUGAGCUUACUAUCCUUGUAAUGGAAAAACUCUCUGGUAUAGACAUCCUUACCUAUCUUACGUCUCAUCAUGAAUAUAGUGAAGACACAGUUGCAAAAAUCAUCACACAGGUACUGAAUGCCAUAGAGUAUCUCCACUUCCGAGGAAUAUGUUGCUUAGAAAUACAGCCAGAUAAUGUUGUCAUGAUUAACCAUCGACGACCAGAUAUUAAACUGGUUGAUUUGGGGUCAGCCAGUUAUGUUCCAAAAACUGGAAAAAAGAUUGAUGUUAAAGGAAAAGUUGAAUACUUGGCUCCAGAAAUAGUAAAAAAAGAAGAAGUUAGCACAGCUACUGAUGUGUGGGCAGUUGGAGUCCUUACCUAUAUAUUAUUAAGCGGUGUUUCACCAUUCCGGGGUGAAACAGAUGAGCAGACAGAAGAUAACAUCGAAUUUAUCAGAUACCAAUUUGAGAAUCUCCAUGCUGAAGUGACCCAGGAAGUUACUCGUUUUCUUAUGUAUCUCUUCAAACGCACACCUAAGAAGCGGGCAACAGUUCAAGAGUGUCUGGAAAAUAAAUGGCUACUUCCAAGUGAAUUUAUAAUGAAAAAACGAGAAAAUGCAAUUUUUCUCUCUCAUCGAUUACACGAAUUUUCAGAAAGCUUCCACAAUGAAAAACAGUCAUCCACACCUCAAAAGCUUCUAAACAUGUUUGGCAUGUCAUUUUCAAGGUCAGUGUCUCUGGAGAUGGACACUUAUGAUGAAUUUUAAUUAUCAUUCUUAAGUCAG